CUUCAUUUCUCAUACCCUGUGCCUGGGAGGACGUAUGCGGAUGGGGCAGAGUCGUGGCAUCUCCUGGAGCUGAACCAAACCAUCCCAGCGGAGGCGGUCGUCGGCGUGUUCCUCGCACCGAGGAUUCCUGCCGGCGCACGGCGGAGAAACCAGACGUCCAUCCCCCCCUCCUCCUACUCCGCUCCUGCGCCGUCGACCGGCAGAAAGACAGCGUGCCAGAUGGAUCUGCGCUCUGCUGCGUCGCACCUCUGAAACUGCAAAGACUGUGGAUGUGCGUCUCCAGCUUCGCAAACUUGGAUCGCUGCCUCUUUUUUUCGCGGGGAAUUAAAAAUUCCGGCUCCUCUCCAGUUCUGCAAACCUCUGUCACUGCUGACUAACGAUGUGGUGGAGGUUGCUGUGACACCACAUGGAGACUUUUUAACUGUUACGCAUCAACUUUUUGCCCCCCUUCGCGGAUGAAGAUUGGUUUAUGUGGAAGUGCGCAUAACAGGAUUACGCACACCUUUGAUUUAUCACACUGGGAGCGAGAUGGGAUUGUAAACUGCAGCAUGUGGAGGCUUUCCUAAGGACCUGAUCGCUGCUCUCCGUGGGUGUAUGGAGAAGAGCAGCCCGAAAAUGACGGGCGGAACCCGGGAGGCGCCGGUGAACAUCUCUCCGGCGGUGGCGGCCAACGCGGAGGGCGAAGAGAUCGAGGUUUUGGAAAGUACCGACGUCCUGCCUGUGGCUCCAGAGGAUCAAUGGAAGUCACUUUUUGACAAGUACGACCCAGAGAAUUCAGGCUUCAUCAGCACAGAGCGGUUUAGGGACCUGCUGGAGACCCACGGCUCUGAGCUUGACCCCCACAAAUUGGAAGUUUUAUUGGCCCUCGCAGAUGGCAACGCUGAUGGAAAGAUCUGCUACCAGGACUUUGUCAACCUGAUGAGCAAUAAGCGCUCCAACAGUUUCCGGAGGGCCAUUCUGCAGGGCAGCCGGCAGCUGAAAGGUUGCAGUCUCAGAGAUGAGGUGGGCUUGGGUUUGUCCCAGCGGUUGGUCCGCCACGUCGCCUACGAGACGCUGCCCCGUGAGGUCGACCGGAAGUGGUACUUUGACAGCUACACGUACUGUCCCCCUCCCUGGUUCAUCCUAGCUAUCACCAUCGCUGAGGUGGCCGUGUUCAUGUAUUACGGGCUCCAGCUGGACCGCUUGGUCCUGCAGGUGUCCAGCCCAUCCUUCCUGAAGAGCCCCCUGCCUUACCACCCCCAGCUGCGAGCCCAGGCUUGGAGGUACCUCAGCUACAUCUUCAUGCACACUGGGAUUGAACAUCUGAGCCUGAACAUGGCCAUGCAGCUGCUGGUUGGAGUCCCUCUUGAAAUGGUCCAUGGUGCCCUGAGGAUCGGACUGGUCUACGUGUGCGGUGUGUUGGCAGGGUCUCUGGCGGUGUCUGUCACUGACAUGACGGCUCCAGUGGUCGGGUCGUCUGGGGGAGUUUAUGCUCUGGUCUCAGCACAUCUGGCCAAUGUAGUAAUGAACUGGUCAGGAAUGAAGUGUCAGUUUAAGUUAUUCCGGAUGGCCAUGGCUCUGGUUUGCAUGAGUGUAGAGUUUGGUCGAGCGGUGUGGCUGCGGUUCUACCCUCCGGCCUUUCCUCCGUGCCCCAAUCCAAGCUUCGUAGCUCACCUGGGGGGAGUGGUGGUCGGCCUGACGCUGGGUGUGGUGGUGCUGCAGAACUACGAGCAGCGACUCCAGGAGCAGUCCCUGUUCUGGAUCUUUUUCUGUGUGUACACCUUGUUUGUACUUUGCGCUGUCUUCUGGAACAUUUUCGCUUACAGCCUGCUCGACGUGCGACUGCCUCCGCCACCGUGAGUUGCUUAUUAGAAGUACACAGGACACUUUAUCCCUUUUAUUCCUCCACUGGUAGACGCCUGACCACCUGGCUGGAUGAGUCACGUUGGCCCUCACACUCUUGAGCCUCAUCUUGCGGUGAUCAGAGUCGCCUGACAGCCACCUUCCUCCUACAUCCAGCGCUCUGAUGCAAGGAUACCUGGCAUGCAGCAGCCCUCCUAUUAGUAUUUGUUGACCCAUCCGCUACAUUUGUGUAUUAAACCUUAUCAUUUUUUCCCACUUGCCAUACAAGCUUGAUUUUUUUUUUUUUUUUUUGUCUCAAGAGUAUCAGCCAGUGGGACUGUUGUUUAUGCCACUGCAUCAACAAAUGACAAGCCUCAGAUCUGACAGAACAGAAACAAGCAGGAACUGACCUGUCCACGUGGCUCAAGCCUCUCUGCCUGUUCCUCCUCACUCCGACAGUGCCUACUCAUCGAGACUGAUGAAAGUAUUUCUGCACAGUUGCCUCUCGCAUAGGGUGACAGCAGUGAAACCCCGCGUUUCCAGAUGAAAACAGUUCCUGAAAACCCUGUUAUCUGUAAAUGAACAAGGAGAUCGUGGAAGAAUUUAAGCUCAGUUGGGUGUUUUGUCAUCAGUACAAGCAGCUCAUGAGCAGCAGAGGUUCAGAUACAACAGGCAGCAGGAUAGCCCUCUUUAAGCUUCACAGCACAAAGAGAGCAGGGAGCAAAUAGGCUGCAAACCGCCUUCAGAAGUUAUUAUGAAUUUGCGUUUUGAAAGACAGUGUGGGUUACUGUUCAGUGUUGCCUUCAGCGUUUGUCACUUCCUCAGAGAAGGAUUAAUUUGUGCAGCACGGUUUAGAUCCUCAAACUUAUGUCUUGUGUGUGUGUGCGUGCGUGCGUGCGUGCGUGCGUGCGUGCGUGCGUGCGUGCGUGCGUGCGUGCGUGCGUGCGUGCGUGCGUGCGUGCGUGCGUGCGUGCGUGCGUGCGUGUGUGUGCGGGGAGUGCGACAAAUGUAUCAUUGUGUGUAGAGAUAAAAGUGAAGCAGAAGUGCCAUUCAGACUUGAAGCUUUUUAAAGAAUGAUGCCAAAACAUUGCUACAAGCACCGAAGGGGAAGAGCACAACCUCUAACAAGUACUGCUUUAGUGUACGCAAAAUUAACCUAGUUUUGUCCCAUUUGGAGUCGGUCGAAUGUAACAGAAAAUAUUCUCUAAAGUCAGAUCUUGUCAUUUUAUCCCUGCAGUGAUUUCUGGUGAAGGUCAAACACUGCAAAGAAGUAAAAUAAAUGUAUUUAUUGGUGUUGAGAUAGGGUUAGUAGGAUUAGACUAAUGUAAACACCAUUAGGAACAGCCGGGCCAUUCUAAAUAAAUCCCGUCUUUUUCUCUCAUUACCAAACGUAGAAGAGCACACAUGCCUGACCUCGACUACAUCUGGACUGGGGUUGUUUCAAUCUCGGUUCAGGAGGCAGUUGGACAAAGAAGUAAAUCAAUGCUCUCUCAUUAGUUCCUGUCUCAACUUAAUUUGUUAAUUGAUUGAACCGGGAUGGAAAGCGACUCCAGCCCUGAGCUGUAAGUCUCAAACUGUACUGUAUUUUAACCUCCUGUUACACUGGUAACUGCUUCGCACAGACGUUAAUAUAAUGUAAUUAAAUACAGAUUAAUAUUUUAACAUGCAUUUGCUGUAGAUUUUUUUACAUGGUGAUGUUGGUAUGUUGUGUAAAUUGUUUGGUCGGUCUGCAUUGUGAUAUGUUAGCUAUAUCCUAUAUGUAUCCUAUUUAAAAACUGAUUAAUGAUGG